AUGACGCCAAUAUUUGUGACACGAGACAUCUUCGAUCGCGAAGGAAUGACAGGGCGGCUAUCUGGUAUGGCCUUGGACAUUAACACAACAUCCUUGAACGGAUGUCCUCCUGACAACAUCGUCAACAUCCCGGUAAAGGAGAAUCAACUUGGGGACGCAAAGGAUGAUGAGACCAACUCGUCAUCUUCCACUGUUGUUCCCAGAACUCUCCUUUCAGGUUCCUCACUGGCCGGGGAGCAACGGCCUCCUGCGACCUCAUCACGGACCAAGCACAGCGCUAGACCCGGCUACUGCAGGCUAAAGCGAGUCAGGCUCGGGACGGGCCAGACUGUCCCCCAAUCCUAUGUCGAUUCCAGGGUCUGCUCGUGGUUCGUGAACAAGGGCUGGGAGCGGCGAAUGUCAUGUUACAAUGUGGUGACAUCAAUACCGAAGCUGUCGCGCAAGUCAGUCUUUGGUAAUUGCCAUGUACCCUUCAGAGUAUCUGCAGAAACAGGCACAUUUCAACCAAGACUUAAGGCGCAGAUGGCUGCCGAAAGUAUGCACACAUGGUUGCUUGUGAACCCGUCGUGGUGGCUCUACAGUUGCAUGCAAGAUACGGAACAACUGAAUUGGAGCGUCCUUUAA